AUGGCUGCAGCGGUGUGCCAUAAGAGCAGAGGGGCAGUGGGACGCUUGACCAGAGCCUGCUCCACUUACAGCCACGGUGCUUUAAAGUCUCAGUAUGAUGCACUCGUCAUUGGAGGAGGUCACAAUGGACUGGUGGCGGCCGCAUAUCUGCAAAAAGGGGGAGUGAAGACUGCAGUUCUGGAGCGCAGGCAUGUGCUGGGAGGGGCUGCUGUGUCUGAGGAGAUCUUCCCUGGCUUCCACUUCUCAAGAUGCUCAUAUUUGCUAAGUCUUUUACGACCACACAUCUACAAAGACCUGGAGCUCAAAAAACAUGGAUUGAAGGUGUACAUAAGGGACCCGCACGCUUUCACGCCCAUGUUGGAGGAGGGAGUUCAAGGGGCUGCUCCGAGGUCCCUAACCCUGGGCUCUAAUCUGACUGAGAACCAAAAGGAAAUCGCCAAAUUCUCCCAAAAGGAUGCAAGGGUGUACAAAGACUUCAUAAUAUACUUGGAGAGACUGGCGGACUCCAUCCAGCCUCUCCUCGACGCACCUCCUGUUAACCUUCCAGGACUGACUACAGGCUCACUACGGAAGCGUCUUGCCGCCACCAAAACGCUGCUGCCUGCGAUUAAAUGUGGAUUACAGCUGGGUCGACACAUUCCAGACUUUUAUAACAUCGUAACAGCACCUGCACUGAAGAUUCUCAAUCAGUGGUUUGAGUCUGAACCGCUCAAAGCAACGUUAGCCACAGAUGCCGUCAUUGGAGCGAUGACUAGUCCUAGUAAUCCUGGCAGUGGAUAUGUUCUUUUGCACCACGUCAUGGGGGAGCUGGAAGACGAGAAGGGAGCCUGGGGUUACGUUGAAGGAGGCAUGGGAGGAGUGUCUAAAGCUAUUGCUAAUGCAGCUUUCUCAUAUGGCGUGGAUAUUUUUACUGAAAAGGAGGUGGAGCAGGUUCUAAUCGAUCCAAAUGGCGCCGCUAAAGGAGUUGUGCUGAAAGACGGCACAGAGAUUUGCAGUAAAGUUGUUUUAUCAAACGCCACCCCUUAUGUUACGUACAAGAAUCUCACGCCGCAGAGCGCUCUUCCUCCCGAGUUUAUCAAAGCUGUGGAUCAGAUAGAUUACACCUCACCUGUCACGAAGAUCAAUGUGGCUGUGGACAAGCUGCCGAACUUCCUGGCAGCUCCCACACCAGAUAACAAACCUGGACCCCACCAUCAGUGCUCCAUUCACCUCAACUGUGAAAGUGUGGAGGUGCUGGAGACGGCCUACAGAGAAGCCAUGCACGGGCGGCCAUCAUCAAGACCCAUGUUAGAAAUGACAAUUCCAUCUGUAUUGGAUCCCACUCUGGCUCCCCCUGGCUGCCAUGUGGUGUCAUUGUUCACACAGUACACUCCAUAUUAUCUUGAGGGUCGUGAGUGGACAAAUCAAGAAAAAGAGGCUUUUGCAGACACGGCUUUUGAUUGGAUCGAGCAAUACGCCCCAGGUUUUAAAAGCUCGGUGGUGGGAAGAGACGUCCUCACUCCACCUGAUCUAGAGAGGAUCUUUGGGUUGACAGGAGGGAACAUUUUUCAUGGAUCAAUGUCACUUGACCAACUCUACUUAGCACGACCAUUACCAUAUCUAUCAGACUAUCGCUCACCUAUUAAAGGGCUUUAUUUAUGUGGCAGUGGUGCCCAUCCAGGAGGUGGCGUGAUGGGAUCCGCAGGUUGGAAUGCCGCACUCACCGCUAUGGGGGACUUAAAAAGCUAAUAAUUAUUAUUCAAAUUGCCUGAUUUGACAUGCAUACUGAAUGUUAACAGCUAAUUACCAUAUGCAAAUAAAGUGUGAAUAUAGUCCAACAUAGUACAGGUCAACUAAUGUCAACACACACUGCGCUCCAAACGACACAUGCUCUAUUGUUUAAAACACGGACUAUUAUUCAUUUCAAAGAACAGAAGUGGACAAUAAUCAUGUGAUGUGAAACUGGUUAUGUGAUGUAAAACUGUUGAAACUGCAUGCAAGUGUUUCGCGUAGGCCGAUUGUAACAACAGUAUUAUAACGAUACACUUUUGAUACUCAAAGUUGGAUUAUUUUUCCCUAGACCUAUCAAAUAAAAAUAAAAUGUUUUGUAUUAUU